AUGUCCCCUCAGGAGACGCCUUGGGCCAGUGGCUUGCAGCCGCCCUCAGCUCCGACGGCCAUUUCGACCGCCCGACAGACAGCAGUCGCGUCUUCACUCAUCAGUCCCAAUACCGCGAGUUCGCAACGACUUUCGCCAGCGCCGACGAGAGAGGGCUCGUUUUCAUCAUCGAGCUCAUCGUCUUCCACUCUCUCCACUUCACCUCCACCCGUGCCGUCAACAUCGUAUAUUGGCAGAAAAGUCGCCUCUAAUCUCCAGCUCUUCAAGGAAACCGAGUCGGACAAUGUCGACUCUCAACAACGCCGGUCCUCAUCCCGUCAGCCGACGGUGACAGCCGGUCGAGAGACCGGCGAUGGCAAAGAGCAGCUGCCACUUACGCCCCCCAACGAAGAGGAGGAGGAAGUUCGUGAGACGCAGUUUGUUAAACGCGCGGCAUGGCCCGACCGCGAGGCGGCGGCUGUACGACGGGGCAAGAGCAUAGGUACUGGCGCAAGACGCGCUACGAGCAACAUUUCAACUACGUACAACGAUCGAGAGAGACGUUCCGUUGACAAGGACGCGACACGUCGCGAACAGUCGCUCUCAUCCGCCAAGGACUACUCGAAAGAUUUGGCCGACUGGAGGCAGGGCACGUUUGAACGUGGUCGUACACGCUCGCGAAAUGGCAGUUUCGGCACCGAUGACGAGGCAAAGGAGCAGGAGCAAUGGGCUCUUUCUGCAUCGCUCAGCAAGGACCCUGCAAUUCUCCAGCGCCCUCCUAUGCCGAAAAGGGACUCGACGACGUCGCUCAAAACCUUUCAGUCCAACUUGAGCCAGCAACGUGCGUCGACUCCCGGACACAACAGAAAGCCCUCUGUCACCUUUUCCCUGGCCGAGGAAGAAGUUGGAUCCCUCAUCGAGGUUGAUACAAAUAGGGACGUCUCUUCGGCCACUACGACAGACCCCCAGGCUCCUCGCGCAGUUUCGCCUCUACAAGAGACGACACCACCACCGCCUUAUCCACGUGUGGAUACCUCUAUCCCCUCCCCUGGCCUAGAGUCACCGUGGUCCUCCGAUUCCGAGUCUGCAUGGGACACGGCGUCCAUGGUAUCAUCUGUCGCAACCACAACUUCUCCCUCGCAUGAGCAUCUCCACAACUCCACCGUGCUACAUCGUUCCAGGCGUCGAAGAGAUUCCAAGGACACACUCGGCGCUCGCGGGGCGUCUCUGUCUCGACAUAGCGAUCAUGGUGAUGUCCGUGAAGAUGAUCUCGACAUUCCAGACGAGAAUGACGAGGCCGCGUAUGGAACUCUAGACGAGCUCGAGCCUCCUCUCCCAAAUGUCCCUCUUAAGCCGUUUCGUAAUCAAGUAGGUGGACAUAGCGCCAUCUACAAGUUUACAAAACGUGCCGUCUGCAAGCCUCUGGUCUCCCGUGAGAAUCUAUUCUACGAAGCCGUCGAGAGUGAGGCGCCUCCGCUCUUGGGUUUCAUCCCUCGCUAUCUUGGCGUGAUGCUGGUCAACUAUCGCAAAGUACGCAAGCAAGGCGCCUCUCAGCAGCAAGCAAGCCUUCCAGCGGCGCCUCAUGAUGACCUUGUAAGCACCUCGUCAGCUCCACCUGCCUUGCAAGAAGGGCAUGCCAACGGUGGUUUGCAUGGCGUUGAGAAGGCUGCUCUUCCGCACCCGACUGCAGACAAUAUAGAUCAGCCUCGACAGACAGGUGACCACGACACUCUGGUCCAGCCAGAUGCUUCUCCAUCGCGGCCACCACUAAGAAAGGCAAGCACGGCACCUGGUCUGCCGAUCUCUGGAAUAGCCAAGCAACGUGCCGAGCGUGUCUCAUCACCUGCGCGCUCGCCGAAGCGUUCUCGUCGUGACGACGAGGCCCAUCACGCAAGUGGCGAGGAUACAGAGGAAGGAGAGCAGGAGCAACCAGUCGUUCAACUUGAUAGUAAUCCCCACAUCCUCCCAGGCUGGAUGCUUCGAGGCAGACGAGAGUAUUACCGGUCUCUUCCUGGUGGUGCAGUACCGCCUCGUGGUCGUCCCGGCAUGUCUGGAUACACUACAUCUCAAGGUCAUACACCAAUUGUUCUCACACCUAUCAAGGGCCGCAGCCCAAUUAGGCGCUUGCAGGCUCCAGGUCCAGAAAGUGGAACGGCGUCGAGCCCGGAACUGAUCGCGACUAAGCCGGGAAAUAUUGCUACUCCCGACUUGUCUUCUCAGGGAAACACGCCACCUUCCGAGGCGCAUUCACCAUUAGUCAAGCCUGGUUUACGCCUCGACUCGCUUGUAAUGAGUCGAUUGAAUGAUUCACGUCGCUCUGAGGAUGAAUUUCAUCGCGGCCGCGCGCUUUCGUCCGUUUCCAUCGGCAACACCCCCACCUCGACCCGGUUUAUGACUUCAUCUGGGCAACCCUCGCCUAAUCCAUAUGGUUAUUACCCUCUUUCUCAGCACGGGGCCACUUCUGGUACAAUUUCACCUUGUCCGUCCUUCGGCGGGACUGGUACCACUUCUGCAAACACAAGAUUCCGUGACCACGUCUUCUCCGCUAUCUAUCGCAAAUUGCAUCGCCGUGGUGCGAGCCAUUUGCGUAGUGUCGCGAGCACCGAGGACGAACAGGAUUAUCAUGCCGAGGGAGAAUGCGAGGAAAAUGCUCUCAAGAGGGGGCUCAAGAAAGUCCGCAGUUACCGUCGACGUAGUGAAACCGUUACCCAAGCCACGCAUCCCGAAAAAGUCCCCAUCCAUCGAAGUUCUGUCUCCACUUCGACCAGAGGCAGGCGUGAAUCUGACUUUGGAGUGUCUUCAACAUCGGGACUCGUCCCAGAAGCCAUCUCGCGACUGCGUUUAGAGGAGAUUACGGGUGAGGGUGAGGAGGUUCAUGCCCUUCGGCGUGUGCGUAGCGAGGACAAUUUCUCUAGCCCAUCCAGGAUGAGAGCACUGGUCUCGCUUGCGGGUCCUGUUGACGACAAGGUCGAGCCUGCUCAGGAGCGAGAACCUUCUCCGUCGUGGACACGAGGAAGGCGUGGUAGUAUGGAGGUGUUCGACUUUGAUGAAGAGAAGACUCACAAUGCUCGUGGCGUGUCUGUCGAUGGAUUCAGACUUUCUCGGGGAGACAAAGAACAAGCAUCCCCUAUACAUCGGCGAAGUCGAUCUAGGUCGGUUGGCUCUCCAACCGCUUCUCGCCAUUUCGCAUAUGGAACACCGAAGCCUCAGUCAUCAAUGGUGUCCGCGACCAUGACACCAGCAGUCUCAAAGGAUACUGGAGUUGCGACCGUUCCUCUCUCUGUGCGUCACCUCGAGCCUCCACCUCCGGAUCCAGCAAUCACUCGACAGGAACAUUUUAUCCUCAUGGAGGACUUGACAGGUCGGCUCAAGCGCAGCUGCGUACUUGAUCUCAAGAUGGGCACACGGCAAUAUGGUGUUGACGCAACUGCUGCCAAGAAGAAGAGUCAACGCAAGAAGUGUGCAGGCACAACGAGCAAGUCUCUCGGCGUCAGAAUUUGUGGCAUGCAGGUGUGGAAUACUGUCGAAAAGAAGUACGUGAGCCAAAACAAGUAUACUGGCCGCGAGAUCCAACCUCAAGACUUCCCUGCUGUACUCGCCACCUUCUUCAACAACGGAGAGCGAUGCCUCGCUUAUCAUAUUCCUGUCAUCCUCCAGAAACUUUCGUCGCUUGCACAGAUUAUUCACCGACUCGAGGGAUUCCGUUUCUACGGUUGCAGUCUAUUGUUCAUCUACGAUGGCGGGAAGAACAUACAGAAAGACUACGAGCGCGCCUUGGCGGAGUCCAGCUGCAUGCCCCGAACCGGAGAGAUGCGCACAGGACGUAACCGUGCCAAGUCGGAGGAGCGCGAGGGGUCACGCAAGGUCAUCCGGCGUACGCAUUCCGAUGAUGUCAUGUUUGACCCCAACAUGGAGCAUUCUACUGGGAAAGACGAAAAGAAGAAGCGUGGCGAGGUCAUCAUCCGCAUCGUCGACUUUGCUCAUACCACAACCGGCAACGACUACCUCGUCUAUCCUCCCGACUACAAGUCGCCCAGCUCUGAGGAUCCUGCAGACGCCGAACGAGAGGUGCUCAAAAGUGGCAAGGGAUACAAGGCAGAAGUCGAUCCGGAGACGGGGCUCCUCUACGCACGGUUCCCGCCGCAUCAUCCUGAACUCCCCGACCUCGGGUUCCUCUUUGGCCUCAAGAAUCUCUAUGAGACGCUCGAAAAGAUUUACGAGGACGAGAGGCGUAAGCAAGGUCGACGGGCCGCUUCCUCGUCUGGCUCUUCCAAUGCCCCCGGUCGAAUUUCUUCGAACGCAUCUGUUACAUCCUUUUCCACUGUCGACGACGAAUACCUUCACCCCCUCUCUACCGAACCCAAAGACAUAUUUGCCACCAUUUUCCCUGACGAAGACGACCCCGGCAUGGUAUCCUCUUAA